AUGCAGGGUAGCUGGGCGAUCUUGAAGAAGAACUGUACGAACUUCUUCUCUGGUGUUACGCUGUUUGCUAAACAGACACAGGAUGCCGUUGACAUUUGGUUGCGAAUUUACAAUCGUCAACAGAAGUAUGGGCCCACUGACUUUGUGGAACAGAGCGAAACGUACUCUCCCGACUACCACAAGCGUUUUCAUUCACAAGACAAGAACAUGUGGGUCGAUAUGGAGCUUAGCAAGGAGGUCUCCCAGGAGGAAAUAGCGAAGCUUAUGCGGUACAAGUUGGACAUGUGGCGUAUGGUGCACUGCACUGGUUCUGUACUGGUGAUUGGUGGCUACGCCCUUCCGCUGGCUCUCUUUUGGCUUGCCAAUGACACAUGGGUGCCGUCUUCGUUUAAUGCUACCCCUGAGGAGCUCAAGGCAUGGCGUCACGCUCAAGACCUAUACCGCUACCGCAGUAUUCCGUCAUAUUUAACAGACACAAAGUGGCACUUUGACUUCCACGCGUAUCCGUGGAACGAAACGCAGGAGCAAGCUUGGGAUGACCUGUUUGAGAAGAAUGAUGUCUGGCGGGACCCAAAAUUGAUUCGCCAUGCAGCUGAGAUGUACGACGGAUUUAUCAAGUUUGAACUCAUUCGUCGCAAGUCUUUGCGCCAUCUUUCCCGCAGCAUGAACAUUCCAACGUUCCCAAUGCUCACGCGGCUGUGCAAUGGUACGCGGGUUCGUGACUACUGGAACCUUGCAUGGUGCGAGGACUACAUGGUCAUUACCCAGAAGCUUCACGAAAAGAUGUCCGAUGAGGAUCUCUACGACUAUGCCUGGCGAAGGUUCUUGGCUCCGUAUGACAAGAACCUUACACGUGAGCAAUUGAUGGAGCGUGUGGAGGGGUACUUUACCUUCCUUGGACCUGAGUUUGUUGAGAAGGGCAAGGCACCAAACCUUGUGAUUCUAACAAACUACGUCAUGGGUUACUACAAUGAUCCCGCCUACCUGGAGGAGGACAUUUCGGAGCUGGACAAGAACGACUACGAUCAUCUGGCAAGCUGGGGCAAGGACGCCUUUCUGCGCCGGUUGGAGUUUGAAAAUGGCCCGUUGCGUGAUCAGGUGGAAGCGCACACCCAGAAGCUGUUGGCGGAACGGGAGGAAGCUGAACAGCACGCAGCAAAAGCUGCUGCUUCUACCAACACGGGCUAA